AUGGCGUCAAAAGUGAAGGCCGUCAAAUCCAAGGCGCCCAAGAAAGCGGCAGUGGGCGCGCCGCCGAAGCCCUUCAAGAAGCCAGCAGAGGUCCUCCAACCCUUCAUCGAGACGCUUGACCAAAAGCACGUCUACAUCACCCACAUCGACUCCAAGCCCGUGGAGUUCAAGAAGAAAAUCUUCCUCGUGCCGGUCGGCAUGAACCUGGCCGUCGCCGCGCUCUUCGUCCUGCGCAUGUACUGGAUCCUGCCCUACUACUUCAAAUUCGUCCAGUCCGCCAUGGGCUACCCCAACGAGACGACCUUCCCCACCGCCGACUCGACCUGGGGACAGCUCCUCUGGGAGGUCGCCAAGCGCGGCGGCUCGCUAACCCUGGAUCUCAUGCUCUUCAUCUUUGUCUGGCCGUGGCCCGUCGAGUUCGUCUUUGGCACGUCGUACAGCAACCCGGUCAGCUGGCGGUGGAAGGUCGGUUUUCGUGAAAAGGAAAUCUACGUCCGGCGCAGCCGGGAGUGGGACCAGCAGCUGGGCGACAUCUUCAAGGACAGGGAGCGCAACGAGGCGCUGCAGCAGGUCAUCCGGCAAGCUUGCUCCCCUCUUCUCCUUCAGGAGAAGACUGGCUACCUCACCAUGACUGGACAGUGGGAUCUCGACUGGCAGGCUAUGAUUGACGCUCACACCAUGGUUGAUCGCAACGACGUCGCACUAGAUGCCUUCAGACGCCUGGUACUGGUGCAUCAUGAAGAUUACGGCUGGAUGUCAGUUGAGGAAGAGGGCGUGACGGCAAAGGAAGACGACAGACGGAGACAGGUGUUCCAGUUCAGGGAUGCUCUCAACGCAAUUGGCAAGGAGAACCUCUUCUUCCGGUGGAUCGAGAUCGUCCAGUUCGAGUCCUCGCAGCCAGGUGGGUUCGGCCCCGAGAAGCAAGUUGUAGUGGCGAAGCAGAUCCGGGAUCUGUUCCAAAAAGAGGGCGUGGAUUUUGAUCAGGUGUGGCAUGACGCCGUUGGAUCGGAUGGGUUGAGUGGCAUGUGA